AUGACUUCAACCGAAACCCUUCUGAAGCGCCUCGCGGAAGUGGAGGCAGAGAAGGAGGUGUUACAAUCCCAACUCUCCUCUGCUCGCAAGCCUUCAGAUCAAGGAGAGCUACACAGGCAGGUACCCGACAUCCACGACUCAUCAAAAGCCAGUUCAACAUCGACCACGCUCAACAAGGUUACUGGAUGGCUCGAUAGAUCAACAAAACAAUCGUCGCACUCACCUCUCCUGGAUAUCUUCACGCAAUAUGACCGGCAUCACCUUGUCUUUGACAACAUAUACCAGCGCCUCGACAUUGAAGACGUUGUUGCCAUCAGUCGAACAUGCAAAAGGCUGUCUUCCUUCUACAAGAACAUGUUGCCUUGUCGAUGGAACAUCAAUCGAAGACUUGCGCGAUUUGUGAAUGACCCGAAAGAAUUCAGAUCAAGACUAGGACAAGCAGAUGCUCUAAUUUCUGGCACCUUUGCCCUACUGUUCUUUGCUCAACUCUAUUGGUUGGAUUCUGGAAUGGACAUCUACGUUCGGCAAGGAUCAAAAGCAGACAACUUGAUUCGAUACAUCGGUGCAGACAAAAGUUACAGAUUUGAACAUAGCUAUGGUUGGUCGGAUUAUGAUCAGCACCGUACUCUCACAAAGGUCGCCGCAGAUACGAUUUCAUCUCACUCGAACAUCACCAUUGCACAGUAUCUUGACUGA